CAUAAAUACAGCUGCAAAGUCCUUUUCCAGUUUGAACCUGGAAUGGACAACACCUUGAAAAAAGAAUAAUCCUUGAAAGACAAAUUUGCACCGGCAGCCAAACAGCUUUAGAACACAAAAUGCAAUGGAUCUGGAUCAGUCUGAUCUGGCUCUGUCCAGUGGUGGUACAUAGUGGGAAAGUACUUGUCCUCCCAGUUGAUGGGAGCCACUGGGUGAACAUGAAAGUCAUCAUUGAAGAACUACAUUCAAGGGGUCAUCAGAUUUUUGUUGUGCGACAGACAGACAGCUGGUAUAUCAAGGAAUCCUCCCCGUUCUAUACUUCAAUUAAUACCGACACAGAGUCUGGAUUUGAUGAAGACUUCAUAAAAUCAUUUGUGACUGAACUGCUGAAAAUCCAAAGGGAGGGGAAGUCUGUUUGGACUCGUAUCAAACUGGAAAUGGAACAAGCACAGAAGAUCUCAGAGUUCCACAUAAAAUCGGCCAAAGGUCUUGAAAAGACUUUUGAGUCCAAAGAGCUGAUACAGUCCAUGCAAGAUGAGAACUAUGACCUUGCCCUUACAGAUCCUGCUUUACCAAUGGGUGUCAUACUUGCUCAUUACCUCAAACUACCUCUAGUUUUUAAUGUGAGAUGGACCAGUCACGGCGAAGGCCACUUUUCAAUCGCACCUUCUCCUCUCUCAUAUGUUCCAAUGACUGGUACAGAGAUGUCUGAUAAAAUGUCUUUUAUUCAGAGAGUCCUAAAUGUAAUGAUAUUUGCUUUGAAUGAAUACCAAAUUAUGUGGCAUGUUUUACCACAUUAUGAAGCCUUAUUUACAAAGUACUUUGGAUCAGAUUUAGACUAUUUAUCCAUGUUUCAAACUGCAGAUCUGUGGCUCAUGAGAGUGGACUUUGUGUUUGAGUUUCCCCGUCCCACUAUGCCAAAUGUUAUCUAUAUGGGAGGGUUCCAGUGUAAACCUGCAAAACACCUGCCUCAGGACUUGGAGGAGUAUGUACAGAGCUCUGGAGAGCACGGAGUUAUCAUAAUGUCUCUGGGAACUUUAAUUGGAGAUUUACCCCAUGAUUUAGCUGAAGUAAUAGCUGGAGCUUUUGCUAAAUUACCUCAAAAAGUCAUUUGGAGGUAUAAAGGCGUCAGGCCAGCCAAUCUGGGAAACAACACUUUAGUGGUAGACUGGAUGCCACAGAACGACCUUCUAGGACAUUCUAAGAUUAAAUUGUUUGUGGCUCACGGGGGAACAAAUGGUAUUCAGGAGGCGAUUUAUCAUGGAGUUCCUAUACUGGGUCUUCCUUUGAUUUUCGACCAGCCUGAUAAUCUGCUUAGAAUUGAAGUAAGAGAAGCUGGGAAGAAUAUUCAGAUAUCUACUAUGACUGAAGACACAUUCUUGCAGGGGAUACAGGAAGUCCUAACUGAACCCUCCUACAGGAUAAAUAUGCAGAGACUCUCCAGACUGCACAGAGAUCAGCCGAUGAAGCCCCUGGACCAAGCCAUCUGGUGGAUAGAGUUUGUCAUGAGGAACAGAGGAGCUGCUCACCUGAGAACUGAGUCCUACAGGCUGCCCUGGUAUUCCUACCACUGUGUAGAUGUGAUGCUGUGUUUAGGGGGAGCUGUGCUGGUUAUUUUCGGUGUGUUUGCUGUUCUCCUAAAAUGUCUGUGGCGUUUGUGCCUGAAAAACAAGAAGAAACAAGAUUGAAAAGAAAAGAAAUGUGGUCAAAUGGGAACCAGACAGAUUUAUUUUAAGUUUAGACUUGCAAAUUGUAAACCCACAGGCUAGAUUAUUUGUGUUUUUUGUGAAAUUGAGAUGAUUUAAAUGAGUUGGAGAAACACCUGUUCUGGUGUUAGUAAUAUUAGCCUCUCUAUCUGAACUAUCUGUUGAAUAAAGAAUCUUGAGUGAA